ACGUGACUGACAUUUAACUGGCCAACCGACAGCCAGUACCUGCCUAACCAAACUACAGUUUUGAGAAAUGGCUGACGAUAAAGAAGUGGAAAAAACUAUUGCAGAAGACUUGGUUGUAACCAAGUAUAAGUUAGCGGGACAAAUUGUCAAUCGUGUUUUGGAACAAGUUAUUGCGAAAUGCUUACCAGACGCGUCUGCGCGUGAAAUAUGUGAAUUUGGAGACAAGUUGCUACUUGAAGAAACUUCCAAAGUCUUUAAAAAGGAAAAGGACUCAAAGAAAGGCAUAGCAUUUUCAACAUGCGUGUCCGUAAAUAAUUGUAUAUGCCAUUUUUCACCUAUACCCAGUGAAAAUGACUAUAUUCUGGAACAGGGAGACCUUGCUAAAAUUGACUUGGGUGCCCAUAUAGAUGGUUUCAUUGCUGUCGUAGCACACACAGUUGCAGUGGGUGGUGGUGAGGUCACUGGCCGCGCAGCAGAUGUUCUCCUUGCUGCCCAUUUGGCUAGUGAAGCCGCCUUGAGGCUGCUUAGACCUGGUAAUGAGAACUAUGCAGUAACAGAUGCUGUCCAAAAGAUAAGUGCUGAAUAUGCAUGUAAGCCAAUAGAAGGUAUGUUAUCACAUCAACUAAAGCAGUUUCGUAUUGAUGGAGAAAAGAGCAUCAUCCAGAACCCAUCUGAGGCCCAACGAAAGGAACAUGAGAAGGCAACCUUUGAAACCUAUGAGGUUUAUGCCAUGGAUGUGCUUAUUUCAACUGGAGAAGGUGUUGGACGUGAAAUGGACACAAGAUGUACAAUAUACAAGAAAACUGAUGAAGUAUAUCAACUCAAAUUGAAAGCCUCAAGGAUGUUUUAUAGUGAGGUUAGAAAUAAACAUGGAUCAAUGCCUUUCAACCUACGUAGCUUCGAUAAAGAGACAAGUGCAAGACUUGGUGUCUUUGAGUGUGUUAACCAUAAACUCAUCGAGCCUUUCCAGGUGCUCUAUGAACGACCAGGUGAAAUUGUAGCACAGUUUAAAUUCACUGCUUUGUUGCUUCCGAGUGGUACACACCGCAUCACAGGACUCCCCUUCGACAAGAGUCAGUGUAAAACUGAACGCACCAUCAAGGACCCUGAGCUAAAUACCCUUCUGAACUCUUCUGCAAAAUCAAAUAAAAAGAAGAAAAAGAAAACUGGUGCUGAGGAACCAAUGGAAGUUGAAACAGCUGCCUAGCAACUGAAAUGACUAUUGCCUGAGGAAUCUUAAUAUAAUUCAGCAGCUUUCUAAAACCUCUCACAUGGACAAUAUUAUCUGACCACCCCAAACAGUGAUAAAAUUUAGCAAUAAAAGCUUACCCUUUUAAUAUAGCUUUCAAUGAGUGUUGUUACACUCAAGUGUUCAUUUGAGCUGUUAACAAAUUCAACAAGAGAUUGAUAAUUAGCUACAAAAUUAUUGUUAAUAUUUAGAUGUUUAUGUACAAAACAACUUCAUUUUAAGUGUAAUUAUAUUGAAAACAAUAAACCAAUUUACAUAUUA